CGGUUACAAAACGAGUUAUCGAUGCAAGGGCGGGUGCGACGCACGAGUUUGGGGCUAGGAAACAAGGAGCUUCUCGAAGAGAACGCCGUGCUUGAAGCCCAAGUCGCCAAGUUGGAGGUGGAGCUCCAAGCCAAGCACGACUUUAACCACAAACUGCAGUACGAGAGUCAGUGUUUGUCUGAGAUGCUGGCCAGAUUGGGCGAUAAAGAGGCCUUGGCGGUAGCCAAACAGGGGGCGAUGGGUCACGUAUUUCUGGACAAAGGGGCGCUACAGCAAGACGCCACCAAGUGCCACGUGGAGACACUGAAUCGAUCGAUCGCCGACUUGGAGAUGGAGGCCCGGGAAUAUGAUCGGCUGUCGGCGUUCGAAUCGGAGCUGGUGCAGCGACAUGCUUGGUUGAAAGCGGAAUGCGACGCUGUGGAAUUGAAACACAAGGCGGAGGUCCAGGCCAGAAAAGUAGAAGAGUACAACCGCAAGCGCAUGAUGGAGGAGAAUUUUCAACGCCUGCUGGUUGCGCUGGACAGUCAAGGUCUCAAGGCAGCCUUUUGCCAGCUACUCGGGACCCUUCAAUCGCCGUCGCCACAAAGAUCGGCAUCCCCCGAAGCAGAUUCCGCCGAUUCGUGAAAAUUGGAUGGGCAACAAACACUAUAGCGUGAAAUUCAUUGGCUGGGUUUUAACCAAUAAAGCUCAAUAACCAAUCAAUUUCAUUUAUAGGUGACCUUUCAC